AUGACAUCCGACAUGGCACAGCCCAGCCCGGGCCUCGAGGCUUUCCUUCAGCGGAUUCGGGUUGACGAGGAGCUUGUCUACAAACUCUCGUGCGAGUUCAGCUCAACCUUUACCCACUUGGCUGCCGAGUCCAUGGACCAGUUCUUGCCAACGCCGAUCACGGAGUCAAUCUUGCUACCGUUCAGUAGGAACAGGAAGAACCAAGGACGAGGUGGAACCAAUCUGCGGGUUGGCUUUGUCGAGCUGCUGGGUGGCAGCGAACCAUUGACAAAUGGAACGGGCAAACUGAACGACCUGUCGGCGGAUGCGGCGCAGACAGAAAACCAGCCAACAUUACAGCGACAGGCGCAGCCACUGUCAUGCCUACGUCGCUUACACGAGCGUAGCUGGCCCAUCCAGGAGCACCUCAAGAGCGAGAAUGCAGACAGCCUGUUCGCCUGGAUUGGCCACUGCAUUGCUGAUGUCGUGCAGGAGGGUUGCGUGAGCUUCGACCUACCACGAGAGACGACGUUGCCGAUGGGCGUUACAUUCAGCUUUCCCAUGGAGCAGGAAUCACUGUCUGAGGCGAAACUCAUGGCCAUGGGCAAGGGCUUCACGAUCUCUUCCCGGUUGGACCUCGGCUCACACCUUGUCGCCGGCUACGACAAGGCGCGGGCCGCUAGUGUCGGCUUUCCCCUGCCGCCCAUCACCGUGGCUGCUAUUGCCAACGACUCCGUCUCGACCUUGGUAUCUUUUGUGUAUGAGGUUCCGACACUUGCCAGCCAAAAAGCCGCCAUGGGCAUCAUUUGUGGGACUGGAAGCAAUGCAACGCUCUUGUUGAAGCGCAGCAAACUGCAUCCGUCGAAACGUCCAAGGAUUGCAAAUGUUUUGCCAGGCGAUGUCCACGCUGCCAAUGGCGAUGACGAUACCAAAAUCGCUGUAAACACGGAGUGGAGUAUUAACGGCUCCGCAGCACCAAUGCGGGCAGUCAAACUAAUCAACAAAUGGGACGAGGAGCUAAGUGAUUCCGUUGAGUUCCCCGGGUUCCAGCCACUCGAAUACAUGACGGCGGGAAGGUACCUCGGCGAACUGGGCCGUAUCAUGCUAGUGGAUUACCUGACGCGCAUUCUUCAUGUGGAUGAAGAGACUAUCCCCAGAAAACUGCUCAAGAAAUUCGAACCGCACAAUACCACAUUCCUCAGUCACUAUCAGCCGGGGCGAAAGCGGUCACUAUUGGCAUUGCUGGAAGCUGAGUUUCCGACAGACGACGUCAAAGCCGGCGGUACGUCAAAUGGAUUGACAAAUGGCCAUUGCAACGGCCAACCCAAUGGCUCCCAAACCGAGCAGCACAAGGACGCCCGUUCCGUGCCUGAGCCGUUCCAAUGGACAGAAGAGAUGGCCGUGGCACUGUACCACAUUGCUAAAGCCAUUGAGACGCGUGCCGCGGCCAUCAUUGCUGCCGCCAUAGUCGGGCUCUUGGACUGUGCCGAUGAACUUCCAACCCCGGCCCAACACCCCGCAACUGGCGACGCAUCCGCGCUCAACCUGGUGGAGCACAAGUUCGAGCUGGUUGUGGGGUACACGGGCGGCUGCAUCACCAACUUUCAAGACUAUCUUGCCGAUUGCCAAGACUUUCUCGAUCGCCUCGUGGCAAUGCGAUACGGAAAUGCAGCGUCAUCACCUAUCCGGGUUGUCUUGAGCCCAUGCCAUGACGGUGGCAUCAAGGGUGCCGGAAUCCUGGUGCCUGCGUCGCUGGCGAGCCAGGGACUCAUACAGACCUAA